AUGUUUGAAGCUGAGCUUCGCCCCCUCGGGGUCGACUCCGCCCCCGACAUCGCCAGCUCGAACCUACCGACUACCCCAUACCCUUCCAUCUCGCCUUAUCUUCCUCAUCGACAGUCUACCGACCUCAGCGACGUUGACCCUAGACCACGGACUACCCAGACCCUGUUGAUCAAGGGGAACCCGACAAGCAAUACCUUCACAAUGGAUUUCUCCAACAUCUUUCGCCUCGUGAACAUCGCGAUCGGCGUGGUUAUGGUGCUGGGCGGUAUUAGCCAGUUCUUCCCCAUUUCCAUGAGCUCCAUUAUCGUUGGUAUCUAUGUGAUGAUCUUUGGUGCUGUUGUCGCCGGUCUGGAGUUCCUCCCCAACGUCCCCGACUACGCCUACCGUUACGCCUCCUUCCUGUUCUCCUUCCUGGGCCGCGGUGUCUUCUACAUCUUCGUUGGCUGCAUCAUUCUGCACGGCCACAUCCUCCGCGAGAUCGCCGCCUCCAUCGUCGGUAUCACUGGUAUCGCCUACGUGGUGCUGGAGUUCAUCCCCUCCAUUGAGCCUCCCUCCAACAUGCGCGAGUCCGAUCAGGGCUGGGGUGCUGAGCAGGUCUAA